AUGGGUAGAAGCAGUGGAGCAGGUCAGUACAUGGGUGAUGGGUUGACGCAGUGGAGCAGGUCAGCAGCCUGGGGUGACUAUAGCAGCGGCCUGGGGGUGACCUAUAGCAGCGGCCUGGGGGUGACCUAUAGCAGCGGCCUGGGGGUGACCUAUAGCAGCGGCCUGGGGGUGACCUAUAGCAGCGGCCUGGGACAGGUCUGGGGUAGGUCUGGGGUGACCUAUAGCAGCGGCCUGGGGGUGACCUAUAGCAGCGGCCUGGGGGUGACCUAUAGCAGCGGCCUGGGGGUGACCUAUAGCAGCGGCCUGGGGGUGACCUAUAGCAGCGGCCUGGGGGUGACUAUAGGGGUGAGGUCAGGGCAGUAG